AUGAACUACCUGCCAGAAGACAUGGAAAAUGCCCUCACUGGGAGUCAGAGCUCUCAUGCUUCUCUGCGCGAGGUCCAUUCCAUCAACCCCACACAGCUCAUGGCCAGGAUUGAGUCCUAUGAAGGGAGGGAGAAGAAAGGCAUCUCUGAUGUCAGGAGGACUUUCUGCUUGUUUGUCACCUUUGACCUCUUAUUUGUAACAUUACUGUGGAUAAUAGAAUUAAAUGUGAAUGGAGGCAUUGAGAACACUUUAGAGAAGGAGGUAGUGCAGUAUGACUACUACUCUUCUUACUUUGAUAUAUUUCUUUUGGCGGUUUUUCGCUUUAAGGUGUUGAUACUUGCCUAUGCUGUCUGUAAACUGCGCCAUUGGUGGGCGAUCGCGUUGACGACCGCAGUGACCAGUGCCUUCUUAUUAGCAAAAGUGAUCCUCUCAAAGCUUUUCUCUCAAGGGGCUUUUGGCUAUGUGCUGCCCAUCAUUUCAUUCAUCCUUGCCUGGAUUGAGACCUGGUUCCUGGACUUUAAAGUGUUACCUCAAGAAGCGGAAGAAGAAAACAGACUGCUGAUAGUUCAAAAUGCUUCUGAGAGGGCGCCACUUAUACCUGGUGGUCUUUCUGAUGGUCAGUUUUAUUCUCCUCCAGAAUCAGAAGCAGAAAAGUAUGAUUGUGCUACUGAUUUGAAGGAAACACCUUUUGAUCGAACUGAAUAA